UGACCGGCUGAGAAAUUUACCGGGACACCGGCAUUUACGGGUUGUCUUGUGAGGCUAAGGGCUACGUGCGUUUACUGGAUAGGGUAGGGCUGCUCUUGUAGAGCAAUAGGAGCCAAUAUCCUUACUAGAAGUAAACGUUCAUCAGUCAUGGCAUUGGCAAGAAAGCCAGUCUGUAUAAACGACUUUGAGGUCUUUGCAAAAGAGAAGCUUACCAAGUCCCAAUAUGAGUAUCUUCGGGGUGGCACGGAAGACGAAGUAUCAUUGAAUGAGAACAUAAAUGCAUUCAGAAGGUUAUGUAUUCGACCGCGCUACCUGCGAGAUGUCUCCAACAUUGAACUAGCCACCACGCUCCUCGGUGCUCCAGUGAGCUGUCCGAUAGGACUAGCACCCUCUGCACACCACUGCCUCGUAGAUCCGGCAGAUGGUGAGAUUGGUGCAGCGAGGGCGGCAUGUACGGCUGGCAUGUGCUUUACUCAGAGUAGCUUCUCCAAUAAGAGCGUACUUGAGGUGGCAGCAGCUGUUCCGACCGGCCUGAAGUGGUUUCAGCUGUACGUGAUGCGUGAUGAGCAGGUGACAAUGGGCCUUAUUCGGCUAGCAGAAUCGGCCGGAUUUAAAGCACUCGUGGUCACAUGCGAUGUCCCCGUUCUAAGUAGACGUCGCACUGAUGUUAUAUGGCCCCUUGUGCUGCCCAGCCACCUAUGCUGUGGAAAUUUCGACGCGAUCCAAUCUGCAUCAAGUUCCACCUCGCGUGAGGCCGAUACGUCACGCUUCUUCAGCAACGUGCUCAUUCACCCAGCGCUGACGUGGACAAUGCUCGAACGCCUCGCCGCCUCCACCAAGCUGCCGAUCGUGCUCAAGGGCGUGAUGUCGGCUGACGACGCACGCCUCGCCGUGAAGCAUGGGGUGUCUGCCGUGUGGGUGUCAAAUCAUGGAGCCCGACAUUUCGACAGCCUCUGUCCAACCAUCGAUGUUCUCCCAGAGAUAGUUGCUGCCAUUGGCCACCAGGUGGAGGUGUACGUCGACUCUGGGUUCCGCACAGGCACGGACAUCCUCAAGGGGCUGGCGCUGGGUGCGCGGGCCGUAUUCAUUGGCCGGCCCGUGCAGUGGGGCCUCGCGUACGGAGGCUCGAGCGGGCUCACGGAGCUGCUUGACUUGCUGCGAGUCGAGCUUGAGUUGGCAAUGGGUCUCAGCGGAUGCGCGUCGGCACGCGACUUCGAGCCGGGCCUUGUGUUCAGACGCAGCUGCUGCUCUCGCCUAUGAUGUGCGGCUUGUCAACAGCACUGCCCCCUGUGGUGGAGCAGUGCUGCCAUCUGUGGUGGAGCAGUGCUGCCAUCUGUGGUGGA